AUGGUAGUCCAAAAGUUAUUGCACCAGCCUAGGAGGCAAAACCCUAAAUCCGAGAAUGGGAGCAAUAGUACUCGUGAAACUCUUGUUAAUGAGUUGAAGGUAAUCUCGAAGAAGGGAGUUUCGCAACCCGGUCGAAGUCCACUCUUAGUUCACUUACUUGGAUCUCCUCGGGAAAAGAUGGAUGCUCCAUCCGAGGCAUCGUUUGAUGGUGUUGCAAAAGGAUUUAGAAAUAAG